CAGCAGUGCCCAUACUUAGGGUGUGGGUGGGCAUGUGUGUGUGUCAUUGAAAGAGUGUGUGUAUGUGUGCGUGCCCAGGUGCCAGAGUAGUGGGCUGAGAGAAGUCAGCUCCAUGACAUUAUAGCUGAAGGAGAGUGGACAGAGCUCUCUGAGGGGGCCCUGAUGACUAUGGAGUAAAUGCACUGAGGGCCCCCCAGAAAGACAAAAAGAGAGACAAACGGACAGAAACACAAAAAAGGAGGACAUUUCACACAAUAAUGGUGGCAGAAGAGGUUAUAAUCACCUUGUCCGGUGGAGCACCAUGGGGCUUUCGUCUCCAGGGGGGCGCGGAGCACCAGAAACCACUUCAGGUGGCCAAGGUGCGUAAGCGCAGUAAGGCGUGCAGGGCAGGACUGCGGGAGGGCGAUGAGCUGGUGUCCAUCAACGAGCAGCUAUGUGGAGGUCUGUCCCAUUCCCAGGCCAUGACCAUAAUCGACAGCUCCCCAGGAAUAUUACACAUCCGGGUCAAGAGGGCACCAGCAGGCUUCCAGUCUGUGGUGCUGUUGACCCGCGCCCCAUCCCCCCGCAUUGACAAAGAGUACCGAGCCGCCCUGCGCGCCAUGUCCCCCUCCUCCAGACCCCACCACACAGCAGCUGUCAGGGAGGUCCCCCAUGGCAGGUCCUCCGUCCUGUCCCCCAUGGGGCGCAGCGGCCUCACCUCUCCCCCAGGCAGUGAGGCCUACUACGGGGAGACAGACAGCGACGCAGAUGUGGCGGCCCACGAGAGGCAGAGGAGGCAGAAGCGUAGAAGUCCCAGCAACUUACCCGGUAAAUCCUCUGGCAGAGCCUCCCAGGAGGGAGGGGAGACCUCAGAGUUUAGCGGCUAUGACAGCGCCCCAGAUGGCCGGUUCUACCCAGGACUCCAGGGCCACGGGCUAAUGGAUGGCCGAGGAGGUGGAGAAGGCCUGCCGGGGGUGGCCCGCAAGGAGGUGAUUUACCAGCCCCCUCCAGAGAUGUGGUCCUCCCAGACCUCCACAGAGACCUCCUCCAUCAUCUCCUCGGUUGAGGACCAGGGCCCAGGACGGGACGGAGUGGCGGAGGAGGACAGUGGCUUCCAGGAGCCCUCCAACGUGGUCCCACUGGUUUCCCCCGAGAGGGCCAAAGGGGCCAUGCAGCUGAGCUCCCGCAGGCAGCUGGUGCCCAUGGUGGGGCCCAUAGACACCCCUCUGGACGAGGAGCUCAGUGUCACCUACAUGGACAAGGCCAAGCAAGCCAAACUGAACCGGGGUGACACGGUUCAAGACAAACAGGUGAAGGAGGCCAGAACCAAGUGCCGCUCUAUUGCCUCCCUUCUGACAGACGCCCCCAACCCCCACUCCAAGGGCGUGCUGAUGUUCAAGAAGCGCCGGCAGCGCUCCAAGAAGUACACGCUGACCAGCUUCGGCAGCGUGGACGAGGACAUGCAGCAAGAUUCCCAGGAGGAAGAUGGUCUUUUCCCAGGAAGCGAGUCAGAGUUUGAUGAGGAUGGCUUCUCGGCCGCCCCCGACACCACCUGGGACAGUGACUACCUGGAUGCACUGGAGAAGAGGGCGACCGCAGGGGGAGAGCGAGGGGAUGGGGCAGAAGAUGCCCCCAGUCCCGGCCUGAGUGACAUCUCUGGGAAGGGCGCCCAGCUGUUUGAGCAGCAGAGGAAGAGGGCGGCAGAGCAUGCCAAGAAGGUGGCUGCCGCCCAGCCUCAGGUGCCGCCCCAGCCUCAGAUAAAGACCCAACCACCGAACCAACCACAGAUCCAGGAGCAGCCUCAGCCAUAUGCACAGAGCCAGCCAGAGACACAACCACAGAUGUACCAACCUCAGCAACCUAUGGCACAACCACCCCCUGUAGCCUUCCAGGAGGAGGCUUCGUCUGUGGCAGAGAGGCCUAUGGCACCGGCCCCAGCUGCUCCUACUGCCUACAGUAUGGCUAACGGAGACGUAGCCUACUCUGCAGUGAGUACAGCUAGCAUGGUGAUGUUACCCCCGACUGUGGCACCCAAACCAAUCACCGCCCAAGUGUCCAUCUUAACCACUCACAUACCUCCGCCCCAAACACCGCUGCCAGAACUCUCCUCCAGCUCUGUGCUCAACAGAACAGCCCGACCCUUCAACCCAGGGUUCGUGACUAACCGAGCCGCCACCGCUCCUGUUGUGUUCCGCCCCGUCGUCACCAAAAGGGCCCAGCGCCCAGCAACCUCUGUGUCUAUUGUAGGAUCUCCCUUCUCCACCACAUCAGAGCUGCCUCCAAGUGGUUAUCCUUCCUUCUUCUCUCCCCCGUCCUCUGUGUCCGGAGGACCAUUCUCCACCCCCUCCUCAGCACCGGCCACUCAUCCCCGUCCUGCCUUCUCUGUGGAGAGCCUGGCAGAACCACCCAUGCCCUCUGUUCCACAGGCAUCCUUUACAGCCAUACCUCCACCCCCAGCACAAUUCUCAGGUGGCCCCAUACCCCCACCUCCAGUCUCGUUUGCCUCCGUACCACCACCCCCAGUAUCAUUUGCCAACGUACCCUCAAUUCCACCCCCAUCGCCAUUCUCAGGUGCACCCAUACACCUAGCCCCAGUCUCAGUGGCCCAAACAUUCCCAGCUCCAGUGUCAUUUGACCCCAUACCCCAACCUCAAGUGUCUGUUGCCCACAUGCCCCAAGCUUCAGUCUCAGUUGUCCCACUCCCACCCCCCACAGCCCCUGCACCUGUACCCAGAUCCCCCAUGUCCAAGGUCCCACCUCUCCCUGGUGGUCGUACCGGUUACCUCCAGGAGGCUUGUCGGCGCAGCGGCAGGAGGCCCAUGUUCCGAGUCCCUGAUGAGAAGAAGAACUCUCCCAACCCUGACCUGCUGAACAUGGUGCAGAACCUGGAUGACAAGCCCCGCUACGGAAGCUACUCAGGGAGUAUGAUGGGCUUUGAGUCAGGCGCAGAGGAAGACCAGGGUGCUGAAGCCGGCCGGGGCAGGAUGCCUCCACCGGUGGCCCCCAAACCCAGGGUCAUCCACGAGGCCCCCCAGAUUCCCCAGGCGGAGGGGAAGGGGGCUCAGCUGUUUGCCCGCAGGCAGAGCCGCAUGGACCGGUAUGUGGUAGACACCCCACUGGAGACCGCCUACCAGCAAGAGGUCACCCAUCCAGGGGCCGAGUCCCAGGAUGCCCCCAACCCCAAUAUCAACUCACAGUGGAAGUUAUCCCCUAAUAUCCGUGCCCCCCCGCCCAUUGGUUACAACCCGUUGCUGGCCCCCUCCUGCCCUGUGGGGCCACAGAGAGAUACAGGCAGGUCUGACAGGAGGGGCUGGGGAAGCAGAGGGGGGAUAGCCUCUCAUAGGGAGGGAAUCAAAGCUCUGGAUUUCAUGAGAAGGCAGCCUUACCAGCUCAACUCAGCUAUGUUCGGGGGUAGUGUUGCCAACCUGUCGGCGAUGCCCUCCUACCAGGACCAGAGGCAGCAGCAGGGAGGGUAUACUACUAUGGUGGGCAGCACCAUGACUCCUCCCAGACAGAUCCCAGUAAAGGCGGCCCGUGUGUACGAGAUCAAACGCUUCUCCACACCCACGCCCAUGUCAGCCCCGUGCCUGGCCCCUAUCGUAAUCGCUCCUCGUUCAGCCACAACGCUGGGAGAGCGCCUGACCCGCUCCGACAUGAUCUCCCCAACCCCUGCUCCUCUCUCCCCACUCCCUGCCCCUGUCUCUGCCCCACAUCCCGUCCUUGCUCCUACCUAUUCAGGUGGCCUGCCCGGGCUGCCCAGAAUCAAUGCCACCCCUGUCCCCAACCCCAUCCCCAUCCCCCACCCAGCACCCUAUCCUGGAGUGUCCAACAGUGGGCUCCAAGGAGCCAAGCAGUUUCAGAGUGCCCCUGAUCUGAGUUUCCUUGCUAACCUCCCCCCUCCCCUCAGGGCGAAUGCCAUGCAGGCACCCAAACCCCGCUUCAUCGCCACCAAGGUGGGUGUCCAGCCGCGUGUGUGGAGACCAGGUGCCAUGUGAACGGGAGUGGGAGACCCUGUCUGAGAACUGGACACAUCCCAGCCCUAUAAAAAAAUACAUAUCUGCAAAACAACAAAUUAAUAAAGUGGUAAAAUACUGAUCAAUAAGCUUGUUCAGUGCCCAACAAAUACGUUUUCACAAAUGUAUUACGUAUCUUUGAUUGUAAUGAUUUGAAAGCCUCACUAAAUGAAUGUUUGAUUGGUGAAACUCAGAAAUGUGUUUCCAUUCAUUUGAUUUUUUUCAACCCUUUUGUUUGUGCAGUUGAGGUCAUUUGCUAUCAACGUCACUAAGUACUAUGAUCAACUUCAAAUCAUGGUCAUCCAUGUGAUUGCAGUCGUAGAUUAACUUGCUUGUCACACAUGCUGUUGCUGACCUGCGUUUGUCUGGUUUGUCUUUUAACUCAUUUGGCCCAGUCAUGUCACAAAUACACCUGUCCUGGAGGAGGUUUUUGUAAGGCUUAUCUUUCUACACAGUCAUCUAAAUACUGUUUAAAUAGCCAUGGGAGUGAGAGAGCCUGUACUGAAUUAUUAUUUGAAACUUGAAAUGUUGACAUGUAGGAUUUCUGAAAUGAAAUUAAGUGGUGGAUAUCAUUUUGCAUAGCAACCGACCGUUCACAAAAAAUUACCACAGGAGGAUCGCUGAGGCCAUGAGUCUUCUAUCUCUCUGAUGAGAGGACAGAGGAGGGAGAGGUGAGGCUAACACAGAGAGUGGUGAACACAGAGGGGUCCGAGCAGCGCUGAUUCAAUGUGAGCACCAUCAGACGAGUGCCAAGCACGAUGAUGCUUCACUCAGAAGAAACCACUGACAUGCUUCUCUCAUGAAAUUUGGGCUCUCCAACAGAGGUCAUUGCUAAUUUUUCAUUGGGCAAUGGCUAGGUUGAAUAUUUAAUGGACCUAGGGCUGGUGCUCCCUUCCAGUCUGCUGAAGCCGACCUCGGAAGAUCAGAGGAGGUAGAAGAUACUGUAUGUUAGACCUCUCUCCAUCCUGACUGUUUGUGUUGGUGGUACCAGAUCCCCGGCUCCCAGUGGUCAGUGGGAAAUGCCAUCUGUUUUGGCGGGGCUCGUAGUUAACAGGUGUUUUUCUAGCCAGUCACUGCCUAUUUGCGGAGCUGAUCAGACAGCCAACCGAACUGGAUGAGCACAGCAACCCAGCCCUUCCCAGACUAGUGUUCCCUUUCUGAAUGUCUGGUGUCCAUGUCACCACCCAUGUUGUAUUAAAACAAAUGACACUGAUGACAGAUGUUUCUUUCUUCUUUUUUGUGACUGAAUCUGAUUUGUUGUAUAGAGAAACAGGGAGGCACCGGCAACAGAAGUGUUAAAGACAUGAGAUGGGCUGUGGAUAUGGAAGCACCAAGGACAUACAGUCCCUGCCAAAGGAUUUAGAGGGGUGUCGGUUAUGAACUGAGGCAAGGUCCUCACUGGCAUGUUAGCCUCUUAUUUAGAGGAGGGGAGAUAUGUCACAGCGUGCCAUGAGAGAGAAACUUCAGUUUGGAUAUUUGUCAAGGAUUUCCCACAGCCUUUAGAAAGUAGACGAAAGUGACUAGGAAAGCCUGGUUCUGAGGCCUAGUGAGGGAGGAGGGUAGAGAGAGAGAAUAACAGACUCCACCGGUGCCUCUCUGAGACAUGGAGGUGAUCAGGUAGUGUAUAAAAUGGCAGAGAUGACACAUAAUGAACCCGAUCAUGAAUGAAACCAUAAACAUUCAUGUUCUUCUAACAAUGAAAACAGCUGAUGGUAAUUAACUGUAAAUAUAUACAGGCUUUUGGAUAUGGAUAUGACCCCCAUUCACUGACAGGGUUCAUGACUUACCUAUCUGACAAUGGUAACUCGUUGUAAUUUCAUGUUGUUUUUCUAAUUUGUUAAUCUAAUUGAACCUAACGUAGGCUAUCUGCAUUAAUGUCAUUAUGGGUUUUAAAGUAUGUGAUAUGUUGUGCAUAGUGGUCUCGGUGUGUAAAAAUACAAUAAUUGACUUGUCAUUUAUCCUGGAUAUAGCUAGAUAAAAGUGAGUGUGGAAAUGUCUGUUAAUGAAGCCGCAAUAAACGAGGGCAGUAAGAGCUUUUUACUGACUGAGAGAUGAGCUCAUUUUAGAGGAAUAAAAAUACUUAAACAUUUA